UACAGUAUUGUAAGACAUGGAAACGACUCAUCUCUAGCACCAUCUAUAAUAGUAAUUGCAUCGCUUAGUAUUUUAUGGCUAUUGAAGGCACCAAAGAAAGUAUUUGUGAACACCUUUAGACUGAACAAAGCUGCGUUUCAAUACGUCCUAGAGCAAAUCCGCCCGAAACUAAAACGCAACACGCGAAAGUCUGCUAUUACGCCAACAAUAAAACUGGCAACUGCUUUGCGUUUUUUUUUGCGCAAGGGUCAUAUCAGCUUAGCGUUGGAAAUGACUUUAAUUUGUCGUUGGCCCAACCCACGGUAAGCAAGAUUUUAUCCGAGGUGUUAGACGUGAUGGAAACUACAAUUUGCAAAAACUGGGUUAAGUUCCAAAUGUCGGAAGAUGAGGCGAUGGAGUGCAAGCGAAGUUUUUUUGAACGAACUGGUUUUCCUGGAAUCAUUGGCUGUGUAGACGGAACACAUAUUAAAAUAAUUGGUCCCUGCAAAAGCUCUCAACAUUUGUACUACAACAGAAAAGGUUUCUUUAGCAUAAAUGCAAUGAUUAUCUGUGAUCAUAAAAUGCGUAUAAGAUACGUAGACGCCAGACAUCCAGGCUCUGGACACGAUUCCUUAAUUUGGAAUACCAGCCGAGUAAGAAGGUUUUUACAGGAAAAAUAUGAAGCUGGUGAACGUAAUUCGUGGAUUCUUGGCGUUGCGGGUUACCCAUUAGAACCAUUUCUAAUGACACCUUAUAGAUCAGCGACUGAACACAGUGCGGAAAGCCGCUACAAUUCCGUUCAUUCCAAAGCCAGAAAUAUUGUUGAGCGAGUGAUUGGAGUACUCAAAUCGCGAUUUCGCUGCCUCCUUGGAGCGCGUGAGUUACACUAUGAUCCCCAAAAAAUUAAUAAAAUCGUAAACGCUUGUGCUGCUCUCCACAAUAUUUGUCUUCACUACAAUACUUACUUUCCUGAAGAUGAUCUACAAACGCCUUUCGAAGAAGCAGAAAAUUCUGCCAUUAUUAAUGAAAAUGAGGCAGGCAGUAGCUCAGAGGCUUCCAGAAUAAGAGAUGUGAUUAAAAGCAAUUUGUCUUUAUAA